AUGCACAUUACCUAUGUGGACACACAAGCUGUAAAAGGGACCAUGCAGAGGACAUGUAAGUGCCAUGGGGUGUCAGGAAGCUGCACCACUCAGACCUGCUGGCUGCAGCUGCCAGAGUUCAGGGAGGUGGGGAACUACUUGAAGGAGAAGUACCACAGGGCUUUGAAAGUGGAUCUCCUCCGAGGAGCGGGGAACAGCGCGGCUAGCCGGGGGGCGAUUGCCGAGACCUUCAGCUCCAUCUCUCGCAAGGAGCUGGUCCACCUUGAAGACUCCCCCGACUACUGCCUGGAAAACCGCACCCUGGGCUUGCGCACAGAGGGCCGCGAGUGCCUCAAGAAGGGCAAGAACCUGAGCAAAUGAAAACGCAGCUGCAAGAGGCUGUGUGGGGAGUGCGGGCUGGCCGUGGAAGAGCGCAAGGCCGAGAUGGUGUCGAGCUGUAACUGUAAAUUCCACUGGUGCUGCGCAGUGAAGUGCGAGCAGUGCAGGAAGACAGUGACCAAGUACUUUUGUGUAAAGAAAGGAGGUCAGAGGGGAAGGAACGAGAGUGCCGGCAGCCGCCGCAAGAACCUCAGGCUGAGGAAGAAGCACUGA